AUGGCCGAGACAUUGUUUUCGUUGGAAGUUCACGUAGAAAGCGUAGAAAAUCUUCGAGUGGCUUGCAAGCUGCCUGCAUUGUGCUUUCGACUGCUGGAUUUUCCUACCAUGAUAAUUCACCAUGUUUCUCCUUUGGACGCUGAAAAAAUGCGGCAAAAACUUCGUUUAGAAGGCAACGAAUCAGUGCUUCAAGAUCUUAAAGACCGCUUUGGAAAUUUCCAGCUCCGUAAAGGAAAAUCCUGCUUAUUCAAAGCAAGCAUUGACACUUUGUUGUUGCAACUUCAAACGGUGCCUCUCUACGCCAUGUUGAUGGAUUUAUGGCCAAGGAAACCUGUUCUUGUUGGCAGCACUUUGAUUCCUCUAAAGAGAGCAAUAGACAAGAUUAGCAAAGAUGUGUAUCAGAAAGGUGUUGCGGUACCUUCUUUUUACAGAGAUGAGGGUGAUUUUAAUGUUUAUAAUCUUAUGGGGUCGUGCAUAGCAAAGUUAAAGCUUGGUUUCAGGUUAUUGAGUUUGGGUGGGUCGCUCAUCCCUCAUAUUCCCACAGAAGCUUUAGCAAAAAGAAGCACGGAAAGGAUUGAAACAGGAGGACAGAUUGAGCAAGCUGUAAAGGGCGCCUUAGAAAAAGUAUUGCCAGAAAUUGAAUCUGGAACAUUCUUAGAGGAACAUAUUCCAGAAGACAUCGCUGACAGUGAGACUGAUGGUCAAACAGUCAAACCAAGUCAGACACAAGGUGUAAAACAAACUGCCGAAGUUCAAACUUAUCUCCAUGCCAGGGACGUAAACUCCCACAUCCGCUCUCAUGACAGAAGAAGAAGUGAGGAAGAUUUGGUAAUAACAAACACAUUUUGCCCACCCCCACUUUACUAUAACUGUUUCUCUAAAUCCGUAGUUGAUAGUGACUCAAACACUAUGAGGAAAACAGAACCCAGAAUACAGACAUCUGGCAACAGUAGUGUUGCUGGUAACAGACAAGCUGCUGGCAGAGAUUCUGAAAGUUGUGAUGUGGAUUUCAUGUAUUUUGAACCCAGUGUUGUUCAAAGAGAUGGAACAGUGGGUGUGACAUCAGUUUCAGUACAGACUGACGAAAAAUUGCCAAAGCCUUCCAUGGAACCACAAAGCAAUGGCAGUCAGUUGGAAUUGUUCAGUGGAUUAUAUAACUUGAGAGGGUUAAUAUCUGAUGGUCAUUUACCAGUUUUAAAUGCCCUGAUACAAGAGUUGUCGAGCUUGACUGGGGGACAUCAAACUGAUACUACUACCCAACCCAGUUCUUCUAGAAUUCAGACUCAAACUACACCUAGGCAUCCACAGAAAUACAGCAGCAAAGAAAAAGCUAGAGGUGUAAGAAAACCUCUCACUUCAGAAAACAAUGCUGUGCAUAUGAAGUCAUCACAGCAUGUCUCUCAUCCUAAGAGUAAUCAAACCUCAGUGAUCGGUUUGCCCAAGCGAAGAGUGCGCUUCAAGCAAACAAAUCUUACUUACGGAAUGACAAAAACACAACAGAUGAGGCUUGAAAUGAAUCAGAAGGACAAAUUAACAAACAGAAGAAGACCCUGUGAGGCUCAUGCAGCAGCUUUAGCUCAAAAGGAAAACAAGAGAACUUUAUUGCAAGAAACUUUUGGUGAAGGUGCUUUAGGGAUGACUUACAAAAUAGGCUCAGGAAGGAAGCUUUUAGGAGGAAGGCCAAAACAGAUGGCAGAUGCGCAAAUUCAAACUCAGGAAUAUUCUUCUGAGCAAGGACUGCACAAGGUGGAAAUGGCUCAACCCAGUUCAGAAGAUAUGAGAGAGAACAGAGAAAAGCCAGCUGUUGAGUUAGUUGAGAGUGAGGAGAGAAGUAAGACUCCAAACAGUGUGGAGGUUUUUAUUCCACAAGUUGAAGGUAUGUGUACCAUUUUUGUAUUUUUUUUUACUUUAGCAGGCUUUUGUAAAGACCAGUAGGCCUCAAGCCAAUAGUAGAUAGCUUAACCCUUUAAGUGCUAAUAGCGACCAAAAACAAUUUUCUCCUAAUAAUACCCAUACAUUGUCAAGAGAUAAAGUUAUGAGAAUUAAUAAAAUGAUCACCAAAAGGAAAAUGCCAUGAUCUUUUAUCAAAUUCUCUCGAGUAAUUCUUAAGAAAAUCUAUGGAGAUCAGUUUGGAGAAUUUGUAUGUGGAUAUUGGGGCUUAAAGGGUUAAGCAACAGCGUUUUUGAGGCAUGCGUAUCAACUGGAAGUGAGGCCUUUCUCUUUUAUUAUGCCUUGAAGCUACCAAAUUGUCUUGUAAGUGUCUUUAACAGAUGAUUUGCCCAAAAAAUUUAGGCGAAAGCAUUGCCUUAGAAUGCAAGAAGUCCACUUCCGGUUGAAGUAUAUUGCUCAUGAAGGUCUUUAGCUCGUUUUUAACUGUUUUUCUUUCUGGCUUAUUACUGGCUAUUCCUAACCACCUGGGUAAAUUGUUGCCAGUUUUUCCUUAGUUAGGUUUGUCAUUUCUACUUAUCACUUUGUGAAGGUUGACUAGGAGAUUGUGUGUAUAUAUUAGAAAGACUAACUUUAUUGGCAUGUGUGAGGUUAGAUGCAUCAGAUUUUGAAUUUUGAGCUUUGGCUUGCUAUUUCAUAGUAACAAACCUUCAAAAACUCAUAUUCAGUAGGCAUAUUGUCUAACUGACUUUGCGGAUUUAAUCACAUAGGAGGACCUUUAUACCCAAAAACUUGAAAUCCUAGUGACAGCCCUGCUAUCAGAAUGUUUUGGGGACAAUAGCCGGGCUGUCACUUAUGGUUGAGGGUCAGGGAUUUUCCCCAGCUGCUAAGAGUAUAAGCCUCCGCUAUGGGAAAGAAAAGAAAUGUGAAACCCAAAGAACUACACAGCUGUGUUUAAUUCCCUGGCUAAAUCAAGCCUUAGAGCCUUAUUAGAAUAGACUGGGAAUGUGCAUUUAUGUGCAAUCUGUGAAAAUAAAUUACUAGUUGGUGGUCCUUGAAAGCUCCUUGAAAAAUAGUUGCAAUUUUUUGUAUGAACCCUGUUUCAUGAUCUUGCAGUAGCAGAGCCUGAAGAGAAGAGUGAUCAGGAAGGUGAAUGGAGUACAGAUCACCCCCCUGUUAGUGGAUUAUACGGCCAUACAGGCAUAGUAAGCGCAGAGUAUGACAACAGAGGAGGGGGAUCUGCUAUGACUAUGUAUACUGAGGACUUUGAGGAAUCAGACCAGGAGCCGGGAUCACAGAGGUCACUUCAUUUAGAUUUCACAAGAAGUAGUAGCGCAGAUCACGAAAACUUGAAACACAGUUCUGAUCAUCAUGAUUCAUCGGGAAGCGGGCACCCGCAAAGUAGCUCUUUUUCAUCAGAAAAGCCUGUUAAAUCUUCCAAAUCUCCUGUCAAAACUAAAUCAAGGAGACGGAAAACGAGGAUUGAGGUAUCCGAGAGGCUGGAACGAAAGAUUACCAUUCAGUCAGAAGAAGAGUUGGACAUAGCGGUGGAUCAAGCGCGACCGUUAGAAAGACGAUCCUCAUCAGGUGAAAGCAAAGAUCAAAGAGAAGAUAGUAAUGGGAACUACACUGAUGACUUUCACUCUGCUGGUUCUGAACUUGAGAACAGCCAAGCAUCGGGUGCUUCUGCGUCUGUUGACAGUGACAUUGAUGCUGAACAGUUUGCUGGAGUGCUUGAUCUUCCGCCUCCAGCCAAUAAUCUUGGUUACACUUGCUAA